CGUCGCCGGCCUUUCAAGAAUUGUCCUAGGUCGAAUUGAUUCGGUGUUAAGUCGAAAUACUUCAGUGGGCAGCUGGUUCCACAUUUAUUAUGAAUUGACUUUACUUUUUCAAAGAAUAAUACUAAAUUGAAACGUCGCGAAAGAGUCGACGAUGACCGUAGUCAAUCUGAUUAUCACGAUUGCGACUUUCGGGCCGACGUCGGGGCGUCGCCCGGGGCGAUCGAUCCAACCGAACCGCGAGUCACCCUCGCGCCGCGAGUUAAGCUCGAAAGGUUGAGCAUUACAACACAUUGAAAAUAUUAUACGGAAUCAAUCCAGAAAAAUGACGGCGCCCGGCGAAGAUAUGGAAAUGGAGAAAAUGGCAGAAGACGAGCUGGCCAAGCUGCGGAGACAGUUUCGCGUGAUGGAGGUGGACCGCGGCGCCGUGGGCCGGAGCGCGCGACCCGCUCUGCGUCGCCAACGCGGACAAUUGCGCGCGCUGUCCGCCGACCUCGACCGCGUCUGCGACCGGCUGCGACGGAGCAGAGGCGCCGCCGCCCUGCCUCGCGACGCGCGCUCCGAAGACCGCCUCCGGCUCCUGCUAGCCGAGCGCGACGAGGGCGCGGCCCGCGUCAGGGAGUCGCGAGCCAACGUCGCCGAACUCGAUUUUCUCUCGAAACAGGUGCAGAAAGAGAUCGAGCGACUCCGGUCGAAGGGGACGGCGUCGGACGGCGAGAGCGGCGCGCUCGGCGAUCGGACGAUCGUCGCUCGCCUGGAGAACAGACUCGACACCGCGAUGACCAAGUUCGACACCGUCAACGGCGAAAACUACCAUAUGCGUCUUCGAAUAGACCGGCUCCUGCGCGACCGCCGGUUCUUCAACGGCCUCCGGAAGACUCGGAUGCGGAGGCUCACGGAGGGUAAGGCGGAAAUAUUGGAGCUGGUCGAGCAGGCGAUCGGGACGUACGAUCAGCGCGAGGAGUGGGGCGCCAGGUUGGACGCCCUCGAGGAGAGAGCGGCCGUCGACCGCCGGAGACACCGGCUGGAAGUCCGGGAGCUUCGACGGCGACUCGACCACGGAGCGAAACUGGAGGAGUUCCUGCGCACCAAGGGCACCGUCAGGUUGACCGCGGCCGAUGCCAAGGCCGAGGCGAAGAGGUUGGAGCGCCGGGAGAUGGAGACGCGGACUCGCGACAACUACGUCGACAUCCUCGACGCGCUCGAGGAGUACGCCGGGGAGACGGACGUCGACCGGCUGAUGCAGGAGUUCACUCGGCGCGAAGAGGAGAACUACGCGCUCUUCAACUACAUCAACGAAGUCAACAGCGAGCUGAAGAACCUGAGCGACAACGUGGAGACGCUCGAGGCCGGCGUCGCCGAGGAGCACGCGAAACGUCGGGCCGAGCUGAGCAAGCGACGGGACAGCGCCGGGGCGCUGCGCGCGACCCUGCAGGAGAAGAGGGGCGAGAGGGAGCGGCUGCGGGUCGCCUGCGACAAGACGCGGCGGGCGUCGGCCGAGCUGCUGGGCCGAGUGCGGAAGCUGGCCGGGGCGGCUCGCUGCGACGCCCUGCCGCUGCUCAAGCUCCUGGGUCGCUCCUCGGACGUGAACGAGAGCAACGCGCGGCUCUACAUCGAGAGCCUCGAGAGGCGAGCGGCGGAAUUCGCGGAGGCGCUGCGGCCGGAGGAGCGCCCGGCGGAGAGCAAGGAGCGCUCGCCGCGCAGGCGCCGACGCCCGGAGCCCUCCCCGCGCCGGUAGCUCCCGCGACUCACCCGGUGAAGAGCGCCCUCGUCAGGUCGCGGUACAGCUCCUUCGUCCGCAUGUCCUCGGGCAACCGCGCCAGCAGCGGCGGCAGGAUGUCGCCGACGAGGCCCGCGUCGCCCCAGGCGCCUGCGAAACACGAGUCGGAUGAGAGGAGCCGAGGAGCCGAACGACUUCGUUCCGCGAUGAGGCAUACCGUUCUCU